UUUUGUGGUGCUCCGUCAGGAUAUAAGAUUCCUGUGAUUGAAAACCUGGGCGCCACCUUGGACCAGUUUGACGCUAUUGAUUUCUCCGACAACGAGAUCCGGAAGUUAGAUGGGUUUCCUUUGCUGAAGAGGCUGAAAACUUUGCUAAUGAAUACAAGCUUGAGUUGCCGAAUAGGUGAAGGAUUGGAACAGUCCCUGCCAAACCUCAAGGAACUCAUUCUUACUAACAAUAACAUCAUGGAAUUGGGUGAUCUAGAUCCUUUGGCAACUGUCAAAUCACUGACUUACCUGAGCAUUUUGAGGAAUCCUGUGACAAAUAAGAAACAUUAUAGGUUGUAUGUAAUCUACAAGGUGCCACAGGUCAGAGUGCUGGAUUUCCAGAAAGUGAAAUUAAAAGUAACGUCAGGAGCAGAGAAAAUGUUCAAGGGCAAACGGGGUGCACAGCUUGCAAAGGAUAUUGCCAGGAGAGCAAAAAAAGUAGAUACGGGUGCUGGUUUGCCAACUGACAAAAGAACUGGCCCUCCCCAGGAGAUGUGGGAAGCUAUCAAGAAUGCCAUUGCUAAUGCCACAACUCUGGCUGAAGUAGAGAGACUCAAAGGCUUGUUGCAAGCUGGGCAGAUACCUGGUAGAGACCGUAAAGCAGGCCCUUCGGAUGAGACAGAAGAAGAGAUGGAGGAAGACUCAAUUGCCAACGGGUCUUAAAUUGCAUUUUCCUACUUUAUGUCCUGAAGAAGACUGUUGUACUGUUUGCCUUCUGAUUUAUUGCUGACGAAAUGUUUUGGUUGAGUUUUUUGCUCAAAGAGCACCAUUAAUGUAUGUGGGUUAUAGUUUGUAAAUUUUAUACUGUACGUCUUGAAGGAAAAUAAAAAUCUUUUUUGCAAAUGCA